AAUUGCCCAACUGCUCUGCCAUUUCCCUCUCUCUUCCUUUUGGUUCUGGCAGCCCACAAUUACAUUCAAAAACCCAAAAACCAGAACUCAGAAGAAGCAGAAGCAGACGAAGAAGAAGAAGGCAGAAAUGUGUGGGAUAUUUGCGUAUUUGAAUUAUAACGUGAACAGAGAGAGAAGGUACAUCCUUCAGGUCCUCUUCAAUGGACUUCGCCGUCUCGAAUACCGUGGAUAUGAUUCCUCUGGUAUUUCCAUUGAUAAUUCUACUUCCGAUCCAAUCAUUUUUUCAUCUUCACCUUCAUCCUCAUCACAACCACCGCUCAAUUCUCUCCCCCUUUCAUCUCCCCUUCUCGUCUUCCGCCAGGAAGGAAACAUUGAGUCCCUCGUCAAAUCAGUCUACCAAGAGGUUGCUGCCAUUGAUUUAAAUUUGGAAGAAUCCUUUCCUAUUCAUGCUGGGAUUGCACACACCCGUUGGGCUACCCAUGGAGAGCCCGCUCCACGGAAUAGUCACCCCCAAACAUCUGGUGCUGGAAAUGAGUUCUUGGUUGUUCACAAUGGCGUUAUCACUAAUUAUGAGGUCUUAAAGGAAACACUAGUUCGUCAUGGGUUCACCUUUGAAUCUGAAACUGACACAGAAGUAAUUCCAAAGCUUGCCAAAUUUGUUUUUGACAAAGCCAAUGAAGAAGGUCAGCCUGUCACAUUCAGUCAAGUUUUGCUUGAAGUCAUGAGGCAUCUUGAAGGAGCCUAUGCACUUAUUUUUAAGAGCAGACAUUAUCCAAAUGAGUUAAUUGCAUGCAAACGAGGAAGUCCAUUGCUUUUGGGUGUGAAAGAGAUAAAUGAAGAAGUUAAUGGUGGCUCAGCAUUUCAUGAUGUUAAAUUCCUCUCUAAGGAUGGCCAUCCUAAAGAACUUUUUCUGUCCAGUGAUGCUAAUGCUAUUGUUGAACACACAAAAAGAGUAUUGGUGAUUGAGGAUGGUGAAGUAGUUCAUCUUAAGGAUGGAAGUGUGUCCAUUCUGAAGUUUGAUAAUGACAAAGGAAGACAUGGUGGUGCCCCUUCUAGACCAUCAUCGGUCCAGCGUGCUCUAUCAGUUCUUGAGAUGGAAGUAGAACAAAUAAAUAAAGGAAAAUAUGAGCACUAUAUGCAGAAAGAAAUUCAUGAACAACCAGAAUCUCUAACCACCACUAUGAGAGGGAGGCUGAUACGUGGAGGUUCCUGCAAAGCUAAGACUGUUCUGUUAGGUGGACUGAAGGAUCACCUUAAGACAAUUCGACGAAGCCGUCGAAUUGUUUUCAUUGGUUGUGGUACGAGUUAUAAUGCUGCUCUAGCUGCUAGACCCAUUCUGGAAGAACUUUCUGGUGUCCCAGUUACUAUGGAAAUUGCAAGUGAUCUGGUGGAUAGGCAAGGGCCUAUAUACAGAGAAGAUACUGCUGUUUUUGUUAGUCAGUCUGGUGAAACUGCCGAUACACUACAUGCUUUGGAAUAUGCUUUAGAAAAUGGGGCUUUAUGUGUUGGCAUAACAAAUACUGUAGGUAGUGCAAUAGCCAGGCAUACACACUGUGGUAUUCAUAUAAAUGCUGGGGCUGAAAUAGGUGUAGCGAGUACCAAGGCCUACACAAGUCAAAUAGUAGUAAUGGCCAUGUUAGCUCUAGCAAUUGGAGGUGAUGCCAUCUCUAGUCAAGCAAGGAGGGAGACUAUAAUAGAUGGUCUAUUUGACUUGCCAAACAAAAUAAGAGAGGUUCUGAAACUUGACCAUGAAAUGAAAGACCUUGCAAAACUAUUAAUGGCUGAGCAAUCACUUCUUGUGUUUGGGAGAGGAUACAACUAUGCGACAGCUUUGGAGGGUGCUCUAAAGGUGAAGGAAGUGGCACUUAUGCACAGUGAAGGAAUGCUUGCUGGGGAAAUGAAACAUGGUCCUUUAGCAUUGGUGGAUGAGAAUCUUCCAAUUAUUGUCAUUGCAACUCGUGAUGGCUGUUUUAGCAAGCAGCAGUCAGUCAUUCAGCAACUUCAUGCUCGUAAAGGUCGCCUGAUAGUGAUGUGUUCCAAAGGUGAUGCUGCAUCUGUGUCUCCUGGGGAUUCCUGCCGUGUAAUUGAAGUCCCACAGGUUGAGGAUUGUCUUCAACCUGUCGUUAAUAUAGUCCCAUUGCAGUUACUGGCAUAUCACCUCACUGUUCUGAGGGGUUACAAUGUGGACCAACCUCGCAAUCUUGCAAAGAGUGUGACAACACAGUAAGGAAGUUCAAACUGACGAUUCUUAUGCUCCUUUGGUGCUUAUCUGAUAUCCGAAUAUGGCUGAUCAGCCAACUCUGAAUCCUUAGUGUGCCCAUUUAUUUUGUUGAGGUCGUACAAUUUGUGCAUUGUAAAUAGAGAGAGGCGUUAUUGAUUUCAUGUAACAUCCAGUACCACCUCCCUCACCCCAUCGUGAAUCAUGAAUAUAUAUAUUGUCUUACUGAUUCAAGUUCUUCUUCAA